GUUUUUCCGUCUUUCUGGCACGUCAUAUACCUGAGAUCAACACGCCCCUUUCCAACAAAAGAGAUGGUUGGUGGACGGUGCCAUAUCCUCCCAAGCAAUUUCUCAUGCGUGGUUGUACAACGGGACAAGUGUCCGCCUGCUCGGAAGGCACGUAAUGCUGGGAUGGGCACAUAUAUGCCCCACAUUGUCCGCGUGCUGGAGAGUAACGGAUCAAUGGAUGUAGAUUGAAAGUCUGUUGGCACUGUACCUGAACUAGAAUAUCAGGCUGAAAAGUUCGGCCUUUCAUUCUUCCCUCCCCAAUUUCCAAACUAGAAGAAUUCAAUUCUUUUCGCGGUCGUGGGGACACCCUGGGAUUGUUUAAAUGUGUUCGUUCUCCCAGAUGGUAGACAUUGGAGUGCUUCCCUUGCUCGUUGCUCAUUGUCGUCGUGAAAAUGCCUGUCUCUCGCUUCAAUUGGGUUGUUGCCAUUGCUGCUCUGCUUGCUAUAUUCAGCAGUGCUGAAGGGAAGCAUCUUCGGAAACGACAGGAUGGUCAUUGGGUUGAUACAUGGGCGUCGAUGCCGCAGCUCACUGAACCUGCAAAUCUUCCUCCAGCACCAUAUAACCAAAGUGGCUCCGUCUUUGUAAACUCAACAAUCCGCCAGACGAUACACACCUCAAUUGGCGGGGACAAGAUCAGGAUUCGGAUUUCCAACGCAUUUGGAGCCACAAAUCUCCCAAUCACAGCAGUGACCGUCGCUCUCCCAUUCAAUGGCUCUGCAGGAGUCUCUGCGAUUCAAACAAAUACUCUGCAUACCGUUACGUUCAGCGGCAGCCCGAACUACACCGUUCCGAAUGGUGCACUGGUUGUCUCUGAUCCAAUCAACUUUCGAGUUGCGCCAACAUCUAUGUUGACAGUAACGAUAUAUUUGAAAGAUGGACAAACAACGAAUUUCAUUACUUCGCAUCCAGGAAGCAGGACCACAAGUUGGAUGGCGUUUGGGAACCAGGUGUCUACAGCUAACAUUACGGAUUCGAACAGACAGAGCGUUCAGCAUUGGUACUUCCUCUCUGCAGCCGAAGUCUAUACCUCCCGGGACUACAGCUCCUUCGCCAUCGUAGGUGACAGCAUCACCGACGGCCGCGGCAGCGACAACGACAAAAAUAACCGGUGGCCCGACCUGGUCCUUGCCCGCAUGCAAGCCAACAAAGACACCUCCUCCAUCGCCUUAAUUAACCAAGCAGCAGGCGGAAACCGCAUCCUCUACGACGGGCUCGGCCCCAACGCCCUCGGCCGAAUCGACAGAGACGUGCUCUCCCACAGCGGCGUCGAAUACGCCAUGAUAUUUGAAGGCGUAAACGACAUUGGGACCGGCGCCACUGACGCCGUCUCACAAAAAGUAGUCGGCGACCGUCUCAUCGCGGCUUUCAAGCAGAUGGUUAUCAGACUCCAAGCAGCGGAUAUCACGGUCUUCGCGUCGACGAUCACGCCGUUUAGCGCGCCGGGGUACAAUGUUACGAUGGAGAGUUAUAGCGACCCGGAACGCGAGAAGACGAGGCAGAGGGUCAAUAAAUUUAUUAGGGAGAGUGGGAUUUUUGAUGAGGUGGUUGAUUUUGAUAAGAUGUUGAGGAAUGAAACGCAUCCAGAGCAACUGCAGGCUGCGUUGCAGGGAGGUGAUUAUUUACACCCUAAUGGGGCGGGGUAUAAAAAGAUUUCGGAUGCGUUUCCAUUGGCUAUCUUCUGAUGGAGAGGGGGUGGAGGAGAGGCAGGAUAAAGGCUAAAUGCAUCCCAGUUAAUACUCUAUAUAUUCGCA